AUGGCUGCUCCCUGCCUGACUGGGAGAGGAGGGACGUGGGGUAGGGGGCUUCUUCUGCCUGGAGCCCUCCAGUCUCGAUCUUUCUGGGGAAGUUUUGGGAGUAUGUCCAGCCAGAGACCACCAGGAUGGAGGUCCUGAGAGAAAAAGUAGAGGAAGAGGAAGCAGCGGAGCGGGAGGAGGCGGCUGAGCGGUCUGAGAAAAUGAGGCCAGCUGAGGUCUGGAAGGAGGAGGCCUCCAUAACGCAGGAGGAGACCCCCAUGACGCAGGAGAUGCUCAGAGACCUGGAGAAGAAGCUGUCGGAGAUGGAGAUCCCCACCCCAGCGGAUCCCCUGACCUUCCCCAAGGACACUAUUGACAUCUCCAUGCUGCCCCCGUCCUACAAAACCAACACGCCCAAGGAGGAGCUCAUGCUGCAGGUGGCAGACAACUUCUCCCGCCAGUACAGCCACCUGUGCCCGGACCGCAUGCCCCUCUUCCUGCACCCACUGAAUGAGUGCGAAGUGCCCAAGUUCGUGAGCACGACCAUCCGGCCCACGCUGAUGCCCUACCCCGACCUCUACAACUGGGACAGCUGUGCCCAGUUCGUCUCCGACUUCCUCACCAUGGUGCCCUUGCCUGACCCCCUCAAGCCGCCCGGCCACCUCUACUCCUCCACCACGGUGCUCAAGUGCCAGAAGGGGAACUGCUUCGACUUCAGCACGCUGCUCUGCUCCAUGCUCAUCGGCUCGGGCUACGACGCCUACUGCGUCAACGGCUACGGCUCCUGGGACCUGUGCCACAUGGACCUGACGCGGGAGGUGUGCCCGCUCACCGUGAAGCCCAAGGAGAAAGUCAAGAAGGAAGAGAAGCCACCACCUAAGAAGUAUGCCAUCAAACCUCCCCGGGACCUGACCAGCAGGUUUGAACAGGAGCAAGAGGCCAAGAGGCAGGAGGAGAUCAGAGCCCAUGAGGAGAAGCUGCGGAGAGAGGCGGAGGAGCGGCUCCUGGAGGCCUCAAAGAUGAAGCCUGACCCCCUGCACGGCCUGCGGGUGCACUCCUGGGUGCUGGUGCUCUCGGGGAAGCGCGAGGUGCCUGAGACCUUCUUCAUCGACGCACUCUCGGGGCGCAGCUACAGCACCCAGGAUGACCACUUCCUGGGCAUCGAGAGCCUCUGGAACCACAAGAACUACUGGGUGAACAUGCAGGACUGCUGGAACUACUGCAAGGAUCUGGUCUUCGACCUGGGGGACCCCGUGAGGUGGGAGUACAUGCUUUUGGGGACCGAUAAGCCUUACCUGUCCUUGACCGAGGAAGAUGACGAUGACCUGAACGACGAAGACGACGUGGAAGCGCUGGGCAAGGAGGAUGAAGAUAAGAGCUUCGACAUGCCGCCCUCGUGGGUACAGCAGAUUGAGAUCACCCCAGAAGAGUUCGAGACCCGCUGCCCCAAGGGGAAGAAGGUGCUGCACUACCAGAGGGCACAGCUGGAGAAGUGGGCCCCGUACCUCAACCCCAAUGGCCUUGUGUGCCGCCUCACCACCUACGAGGACCUGGAGUGCACCAAGGAGCUGGAGAUAAAGGAGUGGUACCAGAACCGUGGGGACAUGCUGGAGCUGAGGCACAUCAACAAGAGUACGGGCCUGAUCAUUGACUACUUCAAGCCCGGCCACCCCCAGGCUCUGCGUGUGCACACAUACAAGUCCAUGGAACCUGAGAUGGACCGUGUCAUGGAAUUUUAUGAAGUGGCCCGCGUGGAUGGCCUGAAAAAGCGUGAGGAGACGCCCAAUACAAUGACAGAAUACUAUCAAGGACGCCCAGACUUCCUCGCCUACCGCCAUAUCAUCUUCGGGCCCAGGGUCAAGAAGCUCCCUGGGAACAGUACAGAUUCAAAUCCCCGGCCCCCGGUGAAAAUCACCGAGCGGUUCUACCGCAACCCUGAGAAGCCUGCGGACGACGACGUGGCGGAGCGCGUGUUCCUGACCACCGAGGAGCGCAUCCAGCUGCGCUACCACUGCCGCAGCGACCACAUCACCGCCAACAAGCGCGAGUUCCUGCGGCGCACCGAGGUGGACAGCAAGGGCAACAAAAUCAUCAUGACGCCGGACAUGUGCAUCAGCUUCGAGGUGGAGCCCAUGGAGCACACCAAGAAGCUUCUCUACCAGUAUGAGACCAUGAUGCAACUAAAGAAUGAGGAGAAGCUGUCCAAACAUCAGGCCUGGGAGUCCGAGCUGGAGGUGCUGGAGAUCCUAAAGCUUCUUCAGGAAGAGGAAGAGGCGCACACGCUGACCAUCUCCAUCUACGACACCAAGCGCAACGAGAAGAGCAAGGAGUAUCGGGAGGCCAUGGAGCGUGUGAUGCACGAGGAGCACCUGCGGCAGAUGGAGACCCAGCUGGACUACCUGGCCCCAUUCCUGGCCCAGCUGCCCCCAGGAGAGAAGCUGACGCGCUGGCAGGCCAUGCGCCUCAAGGAGGAGUGCCUCAGUGAUUUCAAGCAGAGGCUCAUUGACAAGGCCAACCUCAUCCAGGCCCGCUUCGAGAAGGAGACCCAGGAGCUGCAGAAGAAGCAGCAGUGGUACCAGGAGAACCAGGUGGCCUUGUCACCAGAGGAUGAGGACCUGUACCUGAGUUACUGCUCCCAGGCCAUGUUCCGUAUCCGCAUCCUGGAGCAGCGACUCAACCGACACAAGGAGCUGGCCCCACUGAAGUACUUGGCGCUGGAGGAAAAGCUUCACAAGGACCCGCGCCUGGCGGAGUUGCUCAAAGUCUUUGGUUGACGUCCUCAGGGCUGCAGUGCAAGCCGCCAGGGAACGGACCUCCCUACUGCAGUGAGACCCCGUGCCCCACACAGGCUACUGCCCAUCUGCUUGGGGGCCUGGCCUCCCUAUUGCAAUCGCCCCUCCUCAUGGUUUUCCCAUGAAUGAACACACAUUGAGUUUGCCAUUUGUACUUCAGGCUUCAAAAGGUCUUUCCACCCUUUCCUUUGGUGUUAGUGUUUCAUUGCUGUAACAAAAUACCUGAAAAAACAACUUAGAGGAGGAAAAAUUUAUUUUGGCUCAUGGUUUCAGGCCAUAGUCGGCAGACUCCACUCACUCUGGACCCAAGGUGAGGGAGAACAUCAUGGGAAGCAAGUCCGUCCUCUAGCCAGGAAGUGGAGAGGGGACAGGGCCAGGGACAAGAUAUUGUACUCAAGGGCACUCACUCCCUUAAAGGCCCACUCCCUCCAACUAGGUCCCGCCUCCUACGAUCUCUACCUCUUUCUGAUUAUCCAAAGCCAUGAAUCUUUCAGUGGAUUAAUCCACUAGGAGAUCAGAGCCCUCAUGGUCCGAUCACUUCCCAAAAGCCCCACAUCUGAACACUGCUGCGACAGGGAUCAAGCCUUCAACACAUGAGCCUUUGGGGACAUUCCAGAGCCAAACCAUGAAACCUUCACCUAUACCUGAGACUGCCUUCCUCAUCUGCUUCCUGUCCUGUGGAAUACCAAGGGUCGCACAGCCACCUGCACACAGCUGGGUAGAUCUCAACACGGUGAGGGGGCACCGGCUCACAAGGUGGGAGAGUGGCAAGGCCAGGGCCCACGUCCAAGAACCAAGAACUUGGGGCUUCGACAUUAGAGUGCAAAGGAUUGAAUCCAGUUCUUCCCAUCUGCGAAAUGGGGAUGGCACUGUUGCUUCAAGACCUGUAGAGCAGAGGACUAGGAGUGGCACAUGGCAAGCACUCACUCGGCUGGCUUAAAAAGUGGCCCAAACCAAACAACAACAAAAACAAAACAAAACAAGAAAACGCCACAUUAAAGUGUUUUCAACAGGAAAAUGAAAUGCCACCACAUACCCACCAGUAUGGGUGAGUGUGGCUGGGAUGAGAAGCAACUGGAAGCCUCAAGAAAGAAGCCUUUCCUAGUGAAGUGCACAUCAGCAGGACCUCUUUGGGAAACCAUUUGGCUUUAUCUAUUAAAGCUAAACUAUGGCCCAACAAUUCCACUAGUAGGGUCCACUCAACGCGCUGGUUAUAUUCUGGAUCUCAAAUUAGACCUAAAGGCCAUGUGUUAAAGGCUUGUCCCAGGGUGGCACUCUUGGGAGGUGAUGGAAGCUUGAAGAGUGGGGGCCGAGAGGGAGGUCUGCUCUCUACCAGGGGAUGUUCAGUCUGCGAAACUCACCGACCUCGUAACACUUACUGUCUGAGUCCUUUGGGGUAUGUGUCCUGUAAGAAAUGUUUUUAAAUGCUUGGCAUGAAUCUAACCAAGCCUUUAGAACUAACUUCCAGUUCAAAAGAAAUUCAGGGGAAGAUGGACAAUGUAAAUGGCAGUUGAAGGAAACAGACAACAAAUUCAACUGUGGGGCCAUGUACAAGGCAAAUGGCUUCAUUUCUUCAAGAUAUUAAUGUUAUUAAAAAUAAAUAAAAGGUUGGGGGAUGGAAACAGAAUGAACUUAAAAAGAGCCAAUUGUGCUGAAUCUUGAUUGGUUCCUGGUUAAGGAUUUUUUUUUUUUUAAAAUAGGGCUGCAGACAGAGCCCAGGCCCCCUACA